GAUGCCAGGCCACUUUCUCAUCAAGGUUAGAACUCUCGGAAAGUGAAAGACAAUCCCAUGGACGAUGUCGAUCGAUUGUAUGAAUGCUUCAAAUGCGGCGUGUCUCCUCCGCAAUCUGCGAUCAGAGAAAGAAAAAGGGGAAAUAGAACAUUGAAACGGGUAGGUUCAACAUACGCCCAAUCAGCUGAAAAAAUUUCCAUGAGCACAGCAGAUGCGGAUCACUCUCUUGAAGAUUUGAUGGUACUAGUAAUUAGUGCGUGAUUAUUCUCAGUCCAGUUCAUCAAAAGCAAAAAGAAAUAGCAAUCGGAAGCAGUUCUCUCCCCUUGUGUUUUAUAGGUCUCCACAUGGGGUUCCUCCAAAGAGACCAGCUAGUUUGUUGCGCUUGUUGCAAGAAAUACAUGUAGAUCUCAGAGAACAAAACAAGCAUAGACAAGAAGUAUGGGCCACUUUCCCUAAGCAGGAUGAAGCAGUCAAGCAUGCAAAACAGUUCAUGAAUGCUCGUGUUUUUAGUUAUCAGGAUCAUUUAAAUGGCCAAAGAAGGUUUCUUGUUUCCACAUAUGAGGACUUUUGGAGAAGGUAUAAAAAUAUGAAUUCUAAGAGGCACCAUUAUGAAGUCAUUCAGGAGGGCUUGCCAUGCCACCUUUAUUUUGAUUUGGAGUUCAAUAAGAGAGCAAAUGAAGAUAAGAAUGGAGAUGAAAUGGUUGAUCUCUUGGUCAUGGCUGUAUUUGAUACCCUGCUGGAAAAGUAUUCUCUUGAAGGAAGUCAUGACUGGAUUGUUGAGCUUGAUUCUUCUACUGAAGAUAAGUUCUCCCGACAUUUAAUCAUUAGAAUACCAAAGGCUGCAUUUAAGGACAACUCCCAUGUUGGGGCAUUUGUUACUGAGAUAUGUUCACGUAUAUAUACUUCAAAUGAAAUGGAUGAGAGAUUCAAAAAGCUCUUUGUCUUUAAAGAUUCAAAAUCAGUUGGAAUUCCAAGUCAGAUCUUUGUGGAUACUGCUGUCUACUCUAGAAACCGCUGCUUUCGCCUAGCUCUCUCAUCUAAAGCCGGGAAGACUUCUGUCCUUCUACCAAGUGGGCGCUUUAAAUGUGAGGACAUGAGUGAAGAAGAAAUGUUUAUGGCAUCACUGAUUUGCAAUAUGGAUGCUGACUGUGAGAAACUUUUGGUUUGUAAAAUGGAUUCAGAUUUUGUCAAGACCCUGCAUUUUGAUACAGAGACUACAGAAAAUUUCCAACAAAACUUCAUUCCCCAUGCAUCUGUGUUGAAUAGUUUUGAAGGUGAUCCCUCAAGAGCAUACUUGAUGGGAAAGUCGCCAUUCACAGCUUUAGAUGCAUUCAUUGUGUAUAUUGCCUCCAUAGGAAGUGUACCAGGAAAAGUUAGGAGUUGGUAUUGGUUCUCAGAGUAUGGGCUGAUGGUGUACAACAUGUCAAAAAACAGAUAUUGUGAAAGGAUCCAGAGAGAACACAAAAGCAAUCAUGGGAAUACAAUAUCAAAGGCAUUGGAAGCCGAACAGGCCAGCUUGGUGCCUUGGGUCGGGUGUCUUUCCUUCUUUAAAAUAAGUCCUACUUUAAUUCCACUCGCCUUAGUUAUGUUUUAGUAUUCUUUAUAUUUUGGUUAUUGCUUUUACGAAGUCGAGUUGCAUUAGGAUUCCCUCCUUUUUAUACUGAGACGAUUAAUGUUAAUUUUCAUCUUUCAUCUCCAAUUCAUUUAUCAAUUGUAACGG